AUGCCGCCAGGAAGGAGACCGAUGAAGAGAAAACUCCCAGAAGAAAAGUCUGAUAAAAAAGAAAAUGUAUUUGAUUUUACUCAGGACCAGAAAGAGUUGAGUGGGUCAGAGGAUGAAGUCGGACAAGGUGAAAGUGUCAUUAUGGACAAGAUAGCCAAGAAAAGACCAGUGGCUGACUUUGAAGAUGAAGACGGGGCAUGUCCUGUUGGAAACGAGGUGCUGACCAUGAUGGAGAAAUUUGGAGCUGAUAUCAGCAAAGUAAUGCAGACCAAGAAGAAACGUCUUGAGUCACUAACGAAGAACUAUAUGAAGGGAAGCCAACAAAAACUGGAGCAGCUGUGGAGCAAUUAUCACACCCAGAGGAAAAAGAUGACAGAACAAUACUCACAACAGGUUACUCUGGCACUGCAGCAAUGGGAGACUGAAGCCCAGCGAACUGAAGAGCAGGGGGAAAGGCUCAGUAAUCUGUUCAGACAGCAGCAGAAAGUCCUCCAGCAGGCCAGAGUCGUACAAAACCAGAAACUGAAGACUGUCAGAGAGUUGUAUGAGCAGUUUAUGAAGAACAUAGAAGACAUGGAGAAGAGUCAUAGCGUUUUCUUGCAGGGGGCGCAACAGGAGCUGAAGAAGGAGAUGGCCACACUGCAGAAGAAGAUCCUCAUGGACACACAACAGCAGGAAAUGGCCACAGUCCGCAAGUCGCUGCAGUCCAUGCUGUUCUAGCCUGCUGUUACUUUAACAACACAAAUUCUUUCACCUUUCAUUGUUAUAGGUGAUAAGUUUAUUUCAAUGAAUUGCAUGUUGAUCUAU